AUGACCGGCCGGCCCCCCUCCAACCCUUCUUCCCCUACCCUCCCCCUCCUCUUCUUCAUACUCCUCCUCCUCCUCCACCUCCCCCCUUCCGCCUGGGAAGUCUUCCCCUCCGCCCGCGCCGACUGUGAGUGCGGCUACCUCGCCCCCUCCGCCGCCGCAAACGGCUUCCGUCCCGCUCUCUUCACCGACCUCCUCGAGACGGACUUCACCCGCCUCGCGCGGACAGCGGCCGACAACGAUGACGACGACGAGGAGGGGGAUGGGGAUGAUGAUGAUAUCUGGACGAGCGGCACCACGGGCUGGGCGCGGCAGGCGUUCAACAUGAGCCGGGCGCGGGCGCGGGGGGAGUACGGCGAGAUGUUUGCCGUGGGGAACGUCGGGGUGGGUGAGGCCGGGUUGGGGUUGGUGGUGCGGAGCGAGGUGGUGGAUGGGAUGGUGUCGGUCGCGGAGCUGGAUACGGAGCGGUUGGAUCUGCGGUGGGGGACGUUCAGGGCCAUGAUGAAGGUUUCGAGGGUCAGGGGGACGUGUGCCGCGUUUUUUUGGUACUUCAACGACACGCAAGAGAUCGACAUGGAGUUCCUCUCCAAGGACUUCAACGCCGCCAACGGCAGCUACCCAGUCAACCUGGUCCUACAAUCGCGCGAGGCGGCGCUGGCCGGGUACGACGCGGCCAAGACGGGCAACUUUGUGCGGGUGGAGCUGCCGUUCGACCCGAGGGCAGGCUUCCACGAGUACCGGAUCGACUACCUUCCCGGGCAAGUGUUCUUCUACGCCGACGGCGAGGCGCUCGCGGGCAUGGACGGGCCGGCGGUACCCUCGUCACCGGGCCACCUGAUCCUGCAGCACUGGAGCAACGGGAAUCCGCGCUGGUCGGGCGGCCCGCCGGUAGAGGACGCGGCGCUGGUGGUGAGGUAUGUCAAGGCCUACUUCAACUCGUCCUUGGGUCAGCGGCAGCGUGACUGGGAGAGCCGGUGCCGGGACCCGGCGGCGCCGAAUGCGGUCUGCGAGAUACCGGAUGUGACGCCAGGGGAUAUGGGGGCUGCGGAUUGGUUCUUUAGCGAUCACAGCAACAUGACGAAUAACCAGACUACUACUACUACAUCUGAGGAAAGUGAGGGUUCGCGGUUGAAGCAACCGUGGUGGCCGACCACGGGGUGUUUAUUGCUUGCGGAGAAAAAAAGCAAUGCCUGGAUAGCAAUUUGCAGCGAGCACCCUACCUAUCCAUCCACCAAGAUGAUAAGAACCGAGACACAACCACCCCAGAUCUCCAGACUGAAAAAGGUAAGAAAAUGGGAGCGAAACAAUAGCACAUCGUAA